UAUCUAAUUGGUGGAGUAGAGGCAGGGGAACCCUGUCCAGUUCUUUAUCCAGCAAAGAGAACAAACUGGAAAAUUUCUUCCUAACUGAUCUUUCCUUUUUACUGAUAUUUUUUGGUCGUUACGCUGAUUGGGUCCAACCUUAAUUCGACUUUACGUCUCUUUUCGUAUUUAUACAAUCUAUAGCUCAUGACCUGAUGAUGAUAUCUCUACCAGUCCUCCAGCGCACCUAACUCCUGUAGAACUGUUUCCCUGGAGAAAAGAGAGGCAAAAAAGAUACAGACGCAUGGGACAACAGAACAUGCAAGCUCCUCUUUUGGACAGAGAUCUUUUGGAUUUGGUGGCAAAUGAGAAGAAGAAAAACAACAAGAAUUGGAGCACAGCUCUUUGGUUCUUCCUUGUAUUUUUUACCUUCUCAAUUGUAGGCCUAAUAUUCAGAGACGACUGGAGUCACUUGUUAGUUAAAGGAGGAAACAAGUACAAUGAAAGGAUUGAAGUUCGUGGACCUGACAGCGUCGAGUCAGAACAGGGUGUUGUUGCUGCUGAUGAUGGUCGUUGUUCUGAAAUUGGUGUGCUUAUGCUCAAGAAAGGUGGGCAUGCGGUGGAUGCUGCAGUAGCAACAGCACUGUGCGUUGGAGUUGUCAAUCCAAUGGCUAGUGGAAUUGGAGGUGGAGCAUUCAUGAUUGUCAGAUCUUCAUCAACGUCACAUGCCCAAGCCUUUGAUUCGAGGGAAACAGCACCCUUAGCCGCUACACAGAAUAUGUAUAAGAAUAAUAUUGGAGCCAAGUAUAAAGGUGCAUUGUCAAUGGGAGUUCCUGGUGAGAUCGCUGGCCUUCAUGAGGCUUGGUUGAGAUACGGUCGAUUAGCUUGGAGGACAUUGUUUGAUCCUGCAAUAAAACUUGCUAAAGAGGGAUUUGUGGUUGCUCCAUUUCUUGGAUUAGAGAUUGCUGCAAAUGCACGGAUGAUCAUGAGUGACCCGGGAUUAAGGCAGGUGUUUGCACCAAACGGGGAGUUGUUACGAGCUGGUGAAAAGUGCUAUAAUGUAGAGCUAGCCCACAGCCUUGAGGAAGUGGCAGAAAAAGGACCAGGAGCCUUUUAUAAUGGAACUGUUGGAGAGAAAUUGGUAAAAGAUGUGAGACAGGUUGGUGGGAUUUUGACAAUGGAGGAUUUAAGGAAUUACAAGGUUGAAGUUAUAGAUGCAAUGGCUGCUAAUGUUAUGGACUAUACUAUAUACGGAAUGCCACCUCCUUCAAGUGGAACACUUGGGCUGUCUCUGGUUAUGAACAUCCUUCACAGCUAUGGAAGUGCUGAUGCUGCAAAGGGAGAUCUUGGCCUGCAUCGCCUGAUAGAAGCAUUGAAACACAUGUUUGCUGAACGAAUGAACUUGGGUGACCCUGAUUUUGUAGACAUAACCAAAUAUGCAUCUGAAAUGCUUUCCGUAUCUUAUGCAAAGCAAAUUCAGCAAAAGAUACUUGACAACACUACUUUCCCUGCAGACUACUAUAUGUACAGAUGGAGCCAACUUAGAGACCAUGGAACUAGCCAUUUCUGUGUUGUAGAUGCUGAACGCAAUGCUGUAUCGAUGACAACCACUGUAAAUUAUCCUUUUGGAGCUGGAGUGCUUUCUUCUUCGACUGGUAUCGUGGUUAACAAUGAGAUGGGUGACUUUUCAGCACCAACAGAGAUAUCUCCUGACAUGCUCCCGCCUGCUCCAGCAAAUUUUAUUAGACCAAGGAAGAGGCCUCUAUCUUCCAUGACACCGCUUAUUAUUACCAAGGAUAAUCAGCUGGCCGGAGUCAUUGGUGGAAGUGGUGGAAUGAACAUAAUACCAGCAGUAACUCAGGUUUUCCUAAAUCAUUUUGUCUUGGGGUUGGAACCGUUAGCAGCAGUUCAACAUCCAAGGAUCUACCACAGGCUAAUACCAAACAUAGUUUUGUAUGAAAACUGGACUGUGAUUGAUGGUGAGCACAUUGAGCUUGCAGAGGAGACAAAGAUUUUCUUGACAGAGAAAGGUCAUCAGCUGAAGGCCAAGUCAGGUGGGGCUAUCGUCCAGUUUGUUGUUCAAACCCUCCAAAACCCCAUCAAAAUGGGCCGAAAAUAUGGAAAAGAUGCCGAUAUAUUUCAUGGAACACUAACUGCUGUUAGUGACCCUAGAAAAGAUGGGAAGCCUGCAGCAGUUUGAUCCCUUUUUUUUGGGGUGGAGGUGGGCGUUAGAAGUCUUAAGGAAACAGAGAGAUCAUUGAAUUAAUCGCUUCCAGGAUAACUCUAUAACCACGAGGAAGUAUGACUGGUCAUUCACAGGAUUACUUCCGGGUAAGAUGUGUAGUGUAUAACUACAUGUUUAUGUAACUGAAAAACUUGUAAAUUUAAAUUCACCUUCAGGUGGUCAUCUUCAGUUUGAAACAAUGUCUUCUCGCUUGUACCUUCUUUUGAGGUACUGUAUCUCCAGUAAAGAUGCAAGCUCCCUGUAAGUACUCGAGUGUCA